AUGGACCAGGAUCUGUCUCUAGGUCAGCCCCAGGCUGGGUCCCAGGAAUUGCCUAUGCUGGACGAGCUUCAGCACCCGGUACUUCAAAACUACCUCCCUGCAGAUAGUAUUCAAGGUCGAAACGACGCGGAGGGACAUCUCGUAGAACCGUUUGAGUUUCGGUUCAAUGCCUAUGUGCCACCCAGGGCAGACUUGUCAGCGGUUCCAGGCCAGGGAGAGACCCAAAGAAUACAUGUCAGCCUUGAUGUCUUUCUGGUCACCCCUCACUGUCUGUUCCCAGAAAAAUUUCUCUAUACAAGGAGCAUGAUGCAAGAUUUCAUAGUGCGGAGCAAUGCCUACGACACCCGUGGCGAGGUUAUUGAGAAAGCCAUCGUGUUCUUCAUGAUCGAGCACCCUACCGAAGGAAUACAUGGAACAGGUCUUCUCAAUAACUUUGCAACUUUGGAAGAAAUACGAAUCAGAAUGCUUCCAGAAUACGUCCCAAUCCUCCCGAUCAAAAAUCCAACAGAUUUCUACCAAGAACUGAUCGGAUACCUCCACCGCGCCUCCCAGAUCGGCGAGCUGCACCCACCACGUCCAGAUCUAGCCACCAGUCCGCCCGACUCGACUGAACAGGGGAACAGAGGAGAGAGCUCAGACGUGGAUGUUAUCAACGAGGACGAUUCAUUCCGGAAUAACUUCUAUGCAGCCAUUGAAUUCCUCGAUCGGUCACUCGAUGAUCCUGGAGGCCUGGCUGUGGCUCAACAAAUCAUGGGUCGCUCUACGGCUAAUCGUCUUGGUCAACUUAUUCAUACUGUGGCGCCUAUCAUUUAG